AUGAAAUUUACCAUGCAAAAAGGCGCCUUUAUUCUGGCGAUCCUGCUGGUUCGCGGUGCAGUUGGCGCUGGCAAAACAGCACACGAGCUUGAUAACGAUGAACUGUGGGAUCGCUUGGUGAAAGGAAACAUACACGAAUUCAAAACAAACGUCGCCAGUGAUGGUACGCGAACAUCAUACGUCGAUGGAUCCGCCGAGGCAACCCCGAGAAACCCCAGCGAUCGAUCCCUUCCGGACGUCGGCGAUGAUGGCGGACUGAUCAGUGCUAUCAGCUACAGCGACCACAGCGACACCGAAGAACCCAUUGAUGGUGAUAACGCGAUGCUACCAGAUGAUGAGCUGCUUGUGCUCAAUGAAAACACACCGACAAAGGUCGCCUUCUCGGCGGAACCGGCUGCCAGCCGGGAAGCUACUGAUGACGAGGCAUCCCCGGGUGCGAUCGAUCCAGACCUCGUCAAUGACGGUGACGUAAUGGAUGGUAGUGGGCAGGAUUCGCUUCCGCAGGGUGAUGACCCGCUGCUGUUCGAUAGGGAGCUCGUGAGCGUUUUGCGAAAGCGUCCCGAGUCGCGCGAAAUGUUGGACCUGCUAGAGGCCAUGGUGGGUCAAAAACCGUCGACGAACGAAACCAACGCAAACACGCCCGAAUCCAUCAGGGAGCGGUUACGUAGCCUGCUCACGCAUGCGAAGGAAAAGCGACAACAUUACCAAACGCUUCCCGGUAUUCCCGAGUUGGAUGAGCUGGAGAUGAAUCCAACGGAAGUUGAACCACAAGCCAGACCAGCCUCGUUGCUUGCCGAUGGACGUGGAGUUGCAGCUCGCAUGUCGAACGUACUGCUGCCGGAUCUAAACCACACGCUAGCCACACACCGAGAGUCAUUGUUGCCACCGAAAGCGGGCCAACGAAGCCUAGUAAUCGUGUUCGAUGCGACGGGAUCGAUGUUGGACGAUCUGCAGCAGCUGCGAGAUGCGGCUCGACUCAUCAUCGCAGAGAUUACCCAGCGGGACAGCAAUCCGAUCUUCAACUACGUGUUCGUACCAUUCCGGGAUCCUCACGUUGGGCCACGGUUGGUGACACGCAACAAAACCGAACUACUGGACGCACUGGACAAGCUGCAGAUCGUUGGUGGUGGAGAUUGUCCCGAGGCAGCACUGGAGGCGAUCGCGAGUGCCAUCGAGGUAGCCAUGCCGAACUCGUUCGUGUACGUGUUCACUGAUGCCACCGCGAAGGACUUCCAGCUCGAUCAGCGCGUGAUGCAACUGGUGCAGAGAAAGCAAACCCCGAUCACGUUUCUGCUGACGGGGUUUUGUGAUGGGAAGUCAUCGCCGGGGUACAAGGUGAUGAACAACAUUGCCGCCGCAAGCAACGGUCAGGUGUACGAUCUGCGGAAGGAUCAGAUCGAAGAGGUGAUGUUGGCGAUCCGGGCGAUGUUGAACAUCAAUCACGUGCCGUUAAAAGCGAUCGAUGCUCCGCAGGGUAAAGAGCACGAGAUCGAUCUGAACGUGGACAGCACGCUGAAGGAGUUCAGCGUGAGUGUGGCGGGUGUAAAGCCUACGAUCGAGAUCCUGGAUCCGCAGCAGGAACCGUACGGUGGAAUGCGUGACGUGCUGAACCUGGAGAACAUACGCGUGGUGAAUGUGGCCGAUCCAUCGCCCGGGAAGUGGAACAUUAAGGCCACCGCAAACUCGUCCCACUCGGUGUUGCUUUCCGGGCUCAGUGAGGUGCAGUUUAAGUUUGGGUUUUCACUGCUGGAACCACGUGAUACCGUGUCCUUGUCGCACCAACCGGUGUUGAACAGGGCGAACUACAUCGCGAUCGAACCAACCGAUCCGUAUCUCAUCGAGGAUCUCCAUUCCGUCACGAUCACAUCUCACAAUGUGGGCGUUCCAGCCGUUGAUGAGGCGGUGUUUAAUUUUACGCUACCGCUAGUGCGGGUUCUCGAGACCGGAGAGCUCUACCGUACCGAUCCGUUUAGUGCACCUCGCCAGCAGUUCAAGAUGACCGUUAACGGGAGGAACUCGCAGGGUGAACCAAUCCAGCGGUUGCUUUCGACAGCCAUCCAAGCAAUCGCACAAACACCUCCAAUCGUUACCGUUGGUUACUCGCAAGUACUCGAGCUGUUUGAGGGUGAUUCGUUUCCGCUGGAAUGCCGCAUAGAAUCGCCUUUCCCGGUGAAAGUAGACUGGCGUCACGAUGGCACCGAAAUCGCUCACAGGACGUUCGACCAAUCCAACGUUAUGCCGUAUUUGCUGAUAAACGUGUCCACUGCCGACGCAGGGAAGUAUACUUGCCAUGCCAAAAACCACAUCGGUGGUGAUGAGAGAACGGUUCUUGUUCGAGUAACGUCGUUGCGUAAGCCUACAAUAAGUCUAUCGCCUAAGUACACGGUGGCCGUCGAACAUCACCAUUCGGUGAAGCUUGAAUGCGUGCUGGAGCAAGCCGAUCCAACGACGGUAAUCCAUUGGACGCACAACGAGCAGGUUCUACCAGAUGCGACCGGUAAGGUGUAUCUAGCCUGGACACAGGUUGACAAACGUCAUACAGGCAACUACACUUGCUUUGCGGACAUCAACGGACAACGGAUCACCAGCGAUCGGAGCACUGUGGUAGUCGAAUAUGGCCCCAAAGUUCUUACCUCGCACGUCACACUGCUGGCAGAAUACGGUAGUGAGGUCGAGAUGGAAUGUCAAAUCGACGCCUUGCCCGUUCCGGACUACCAGUGGUUCUAUCAGCGGCUGGACGAAACGAACCUCCCGGAGGUGUUCCAAACCGCCGACAGGACGAUGCGCUUUGUCAUGACCCCAGAACGGGCUGGUUUGUACAAAUGCGAGGCGAAAAAUGGUAUCGGAUCCGGCAAGCAGACGGUUGUCUUGGAAGGUGCCGCAAAUGAUGCUCCGGCUAUAAUCAAACCCUCGGAUAGUAUCAUUUAUGCCGCACCGGGAGCAUCGAUCACGCUUAACUGCUCUUGCGAGCUUUGCCAACCGCUCACCGAGUUUAUCUGGACCACUGAACGCGGAACGUUCGAGAGCAGCCCGGAAAAAGCGAUAAGCAACAUGAGGGUUGCGCUCGACAACGAUCAGUCCCGCAAUGCCGUGCGAUAUCUGCUCACGAUCGACGACUUUCAACCCCACAAUACGGCCCAUUAUACGUGCAUCUUUUCCAAUCAACACGGUCUCGACGCAAUGAUACUGGAGCUACGUAUGAUGGCCGUACCGGAAGUGGACGCCAUGCUGCUCGACGGUGAAACUAUACCGUCGGGUGCUAAAGUUCCCCGAAUGCCCGGUCAGGCAAAAUCCCUCAAUUGUGACGUCGUGGGACUUCCCGAUCCCACGGUUCUGUGGCUGCUGAAUGGUGAACCGAUCGUUACCAACGAACUGCUGCAGCUUGAAAAUGACAACAAAACUGUUAUCUUUCGGGAGCCGUUUGAAGCGUCAGUUCAGGGAAACUACGAGUGUGUGGCAAGUAAUCCGUUUGGAACGGUUUCUUCCACUCUGGAGCUUUUGGUAGGUGCUGCACCCGAAGCGGCGACUGUGGCUCGAAAGUUAAGCGCCAAAACCGGUGAAAACAUCGUUAUGGAGUGCAUGAUAAGCGGUACACCGGAGCCCACCAUACGCUGGGAGCCGGAGAAAGCGUUCGCAGAUCCUUCCCUGAAGCGGCAGGUCCUGCAAGUGUCGUACGAAAAGGCCGCACUGUACCGAUGCACGGGUGAGAACGAAUAUGGUAAGGCGGAGCAAACGAUCAUGCUGGAGACGUACGGAGCACCGGAUGUGAAGGGUGCUUUGAAUCUUGCACUUCAAUUCAGCACAGGACAAGAUGUACUGCUGGAGUGCUAUGGUUGGGGCAUACCUGAGCCAACGAUACGCUGGACAUACAACGGCGCACCGGUAGAGCUUGGUCCCGAUGUGAAAUUGAUGGAUCAAGGACUGCGAAUUUUCAACAUAUCAUUCGACCGAAACGGUGUUUACGGUUGCGUGGUGGAAAACGAGUAUGGAAUAGUGCAAAAAAUUCACUUCGUGACCGUACGAGAUGCACCUAAAAUAACAUCGGCGUUAGACCCACACAUAACCUUGCUGCCGAAUGACACGGUUCGCUUCGAAUGCACAGGCACCGGAAGUCCGCCUCCAACCGCUUCUUGGGUGCUCAAUGGGACCGUGAUCUUACACGAACGCUUCCUGUACCUGUCGUACAACAACGCAUCCACGGGAACGUACAGUUGUUUGCUCGAAAGCAUCGAAGGAACGGAUCGUCAAAACAUGUUCGUAAACGUGCUGCGCCCACCACAGAGGGUAUCCGGACUAAAUGGCACCGACGCCCUCACGCCACUGAAGCUGCGUGCCAACGAUCCGCUAGUUUUGGAGUGUCCGUUUGAAAACUUCCAUAGCCUACUAUGGCAGCUGGACGAACGCAAUCUUGAAGAGUACUUCGAUCUCACCGACGUUAAGCUGAAGGAGAACCUGCUCAUCAUCGAUCGGCUUCGAUCGCGCCACCAAGGCACGUACACCUGCGUGGUCAAGAACCGAGCUGGCAGUGACCGGCAAUCGUUUGUGGUCGGUGUCCUGACGCCUCCUGUCAUUGAGCGCACUUACCCGGAAGAGUUGAGUGAUGAAUUUGGUAUCCUUGCUGAGGAUAGGAACACCGAGUGGUUACCGGACAAACCGGUCCAAAGUGCGGUGGAAGUGAAUCUGCUCUCCGGUGAAACCUUACAGCUACUCUGCCAAGCCAGUGGUUCACCAAAACCGAGCAUCCACUGGAACCGUGGCAAUGAUCUGGACCGCGUGGUCUCUCAAACCGCCAACCUAACCAUUGCCAACGUGGCGCUUCACCAUAGCGAUCUGUACACGUGCGUAGCCGAGAACGAGCUUGGCCGAUCGACACAAAUAUAUCGGCUGGACGUUAUGACUUCGCCCCAGUUCUACGAUGAUCCGGUACAAUCCAUCGUGGUUUAUGUUGGGGAUAAUGUGGAACUGGACUGUGAGAUGCAAGCCAAUCCACCUGCUUCCUACCAGUGGCUGAAAGAGGAUGUUUCCCUUGAGGAAUUUGGCACCAUGCUUGAGUUUGUGAACAUACAACCGCAUGAUUCCGGACUGUACCAUUGCGAGGCGGAAAACGUCUUUGGUCACAACAAGAAAUCCUUCAAGGUGUUGGUAUACCAACCUGCCGAAAUAACGAUAUUUUCCUCGAACCAAACCCUGCUCGCGGGAAACAAUGUCGAGCUGGAUUGUGAAGCGAUCGGCAAUCCCAUGCCGGUACUCAGCAUUAUUCACCGUGGUGAGGUGUUAGCUUCCACUGCAGAGCUCGACACCUCCACGAUGAUCAUCGAUCGACAGUACCGCGUCAAGAUCAACCUGUUCAAGAGCCUGCAAGCGUACAGCUUCCUAGCGACGCGUGUCUCACCGUAUGAGGUUCGGUUUUCCUUGCGCCAACCGCAAGCAACCCGGUUGGAUAAAGGGAAAUAUCUAUGUACCGCUCAGAAUGCAAUCGGGUUCGAUGAGCGGAUGGUGAAGCUGGACGUCUUGGUGGCACCGUAUGUGCAAACGGAAAAACUCAAAGCGCUAGAGCAAACGGUCCGUUUGCUCGAAGGGUUACCACUGUUCCUGUUUUGUCCCAUCGACGGCAGCCCAAAGCCAACCAUCGGGUGGUUCCGGAAUGGUAACCGAUUGAAGCACUCGACAAGCACACUGUUCCUGCCAUCGGUGCAGCUACGCGAUGCCGGUUCGUACAUAUGCUUCGGUGAAAAUCCCGUGGGCAAGGUGGAGCUUUCGUUCGAUCUUGAAGUGCUGGUACCUCCGUCGAUCAUAUCUAGCGCGCUGUACGGUGAACCUAACCUCUCUCUCGACCAACCCGACCAGGAGGAGAUACAACUGCUCAUGGGUGAAAAUGUGACACUCGAUUGCUCCAGCCUGGGCCAUCCCGUACCGGAGGUUUACUGGGUGAAAGUCGACUACCUGGACGAACGGCAGAAUCAGCUGCUUUCGUCUCGGGAACCAUUGAUCGAGCUGCACGGUAUUAACGGCACAGUGACGUACUCCUGCUUCGUCAACAAUACGGCCGGAUCGGCUCAGAAACUGUUCCACUUGGUCGUCCAAGCUGCCCCAUCAUGGAAAACUGGCCCCGUGUAUGAUUACGAGCAGCGAGUAUCGCUUCACCACAGCCUCGAUUUGACCUGCGAAACCAACGGCUCUCCGGAGGCAUCCGUCAAGUGGAUGAAGGAUGGCCAGCAGUUGAGCAAGCUCGAUGGUGCUUAUUUUUUCGGUGUAAAUGGGCAAACCUUGCGCUUGCUAGCCGCUAAGCUCACGGACGCAGGAAACUACCAGUGUGUGGCAAGCAACAUGCUCGGUCAGGUGAGCCGAGAGUUCCACGUAACAAUAGAUGUUCCCGUGAGUUGGUCUCCGUGGGGUAGCUGGUCGGAGUGUAGCUCAACCUGUGGCAAGGGCACCCAGUUCCGAUCGCGCAUUUGUCUGCUCUUGAAUGGAUCUCCGGCACAUGGCGAUCGAUUCAACUGCGUCGGAGAGAACGUAGAGAUGAAGUCCUGCGAGCUGCUGCCAUGUCCCGUGAACGGAGGCUGGAGUGACUGGACGAGCUGGAGCAACUGUUCGCUCGAGUGCGUGUCCGAGUACAGUGGCGAACGAUCGAUUCGCCAUAGGAGUCGCACUUGUGACUCACCACCUCCAUCGCUCGGUGGAAAACCGUGCAUUGGCGAAGAGUAUGAAGAGCAACCGUGUCACGUGAAGUACUGUCCCAUUGACGGUGGUUGGACGGCAUGGUCAAGCUGGACGACGUGUAGCGAACCGUGCGGGUUUGGACGUAGCAUCCGUCUGAGAAGCUGCUCAAAUCCCGUACCACGCCACGCCGGAAGGACAUGCGAUGGGGCGGAAAGUGAGGCACGCACGUGCAAGCUGCAGGAGUGUCACGUGGAUGGUGGGUGGUCUGAGUGGACACCAUGGACGCGAUGCAGUAAAUCCUGCGGCACAGGCAUUAAAACCCGCAAGCGCUUCUGCAACAAUCCGGAACCGAAAUCGGGCGGCAAAGCUUGUGUCGGACAAAACAUCGAGCACACCCAGUGUGCGGUGAAGCGCUGCCGAAACGAUGCCCUUCUGAGAACGAUGGAGAGGAAAAAGAUCCUAACACCACUCGUGACGUACGAUUCGAACCCACCGCGAUCGAUGAAACCACCCACGGCAUCGUCCGUGAACGAUUUCGACAGCGAGGACUACGACGAAAGGGACACGGAACGUGAUCGCGAUCCGACCCGCAACUAUCAGUACGCCGAAACCCAACCCGUGGAGUACGUGGACGUUCCGCCGAGCUACCUUGACGUGACUAUCACACUAACGAACAUGGUGCACCUAUCGAACGAUACGACGGACUUCAACUUCCACUAUGGCAAUUCGUCCGUGUUCUCGCAUGAUGGCCACAGGAGCUGUCCGGAAGGAUUUGCUUUCAACGCGUCCAUCGGUGGGUGCUCGGAUAAGGACGAAUGCGCCGAAGGUGCAUGCUCCGGAUGGGAGCAAACAUGCACCAACACCGUCGGGAGCUUCGAGUGUGCCUGUACCCCGGGUUAUCACCAAGUCAUCCAGCAGACGGAAGAUUACGAUGGUUUCACGUCGGAGGACAUGCAGUGCGUAGACGUCAACGAGUGCCGGGAGAAGUUGGAUGAAUGUUCACACUUUUGCGAGAACACCGUCGGGAGUUACCGGUGUUUUUGUCCCGAGCGCUAUCAACUGUCCAGAGACGGCAAGACAUGCACUAUCAAGCGCAAGCGUAACGAACCGAUGCGCAAGAUGCCACGCUGUCCGGUAGGCUUCCAAUGGGAGGAUGGCUACUGUCAGGAUGUCGACGAGUGCGCCCUGCAGAAGGACGAAUGCGGUGAGAGUCUUUCCUGCAUCAACACCCGCGGAGGGUACAUGUGCGUGUACACCGAUUGUCCCCCCGAGUACGAUCAGGACAUCGAGGCGGAAUCUUGCGUACUGAACUGCACACAUGGACGAACGCUUUGUCCGGAUGGUGCACUUCGCCAGCAGACGAUCUCGCACAUGAUCGUGACGUUGGAUCACCUUCAACUGCAACAGCCCCUCGCGGUGGUGUCUAUUCCGGCCGCCCAACGGUCGGAUGAGUUUGACACAAUGUUUGAAUUUCGCGAUCGUCGCCAAACACAGCUAUUCUCGCUAAAAGCGAUACGCAAAACAUCCGGCGCGGUGCGAUUGUACACGAAAAGAAAACUGCAACGUGGAAAGCUGUACAAGUUGAGCCUGAUCGCUAAGUCCACUCGUCCUGCACAGCGGAUCGUCGAAUACGUUCACGAAUUCAUCGUUCACGUGUAUUGGACGGAUUAG